AUACCGGCUAUCCAGUUUCCAGAAUUCAGUGACGAUGUACAUUCAAUGUGCGAAAAAUUAUCUGUUAAAACGGCCGUAUGUGUUUACCGAUCCCUUAUCGUUCUCCGAAUGAGUAAUCGAAGUAUUUCCUUUGUUUCUGAUGUAAAAUACACAGUCCACUCAUGAAAGUCCAAGAAAUAAUCGAGGGCGGUAAUAACGCCAUGGAACAAGAAAUGGCGGGGGCGCAAGAUACUAUUUACCUCUGCAAUUUUCGUGUUUCUGUCGACGGAGAGUGGCUUUGCCUCAAGGAACUGCAAGACGUUGAAUUUAACAUGCAGGAUUCGAUUACUCAACCCCUUUCCACGCCGUCCCCGGACGUUCCUGUGCAACCUUUCGGUCGGGAUCCUGUGGUCAUAGAAAGAAGCAACUUGGUCAACAUAAGUAAAUUAGUUGUUAAAGAACUUAUCGAACAGUCUCUGAGGUAUGGCCGCAUGCUGGAUUCGGAUCAUAUGCCUCUUCAGCAUUUCUUUAUAGUUUUAGAACACGUCUUAAGACAUGGUCUACGUCCAAAGAAGGGACUACUCGGCCCUAAAAAAGAACUAUGGGAUAUUCUGCAGAUGGUGGAAAAAUUUGCACCAGAAGCCCAAGAUAUUACAGCGAGUGUUCGCGAUUUACCUACUGUCAGGACGCACAUGGGCCGUGCUCGAGCUUGGUUGAGAUUAGCUUUAAUGCAAAAGAAACUUGCAGAUUAUUUGAAAGUGCUAAUUGAUCAUAAGGACGACGCGCUAGUGGAAUAUUUUGAACCGGAUGCUCUCAUGUUGAGCGAUGAAGCAAUUGUGAUAAUUGGCCUCUUGGUGGGAUUAAAUGUGAUAGAUUGUAAUUUAUGUGUAAAGGAAGAGGAUUUAGAUUGUCCACAGGGUGUAAUAGAUUUUUCUUUGUACCUAAGAUCUUCGAAUCAUGUCUCGAGUGAUUCCAGCAACGAUGAGCAAGGAGAUAACAUGACAACAGUACUUGAUCAGAAAAAUUAUAUUGAAGAACUCAACAGACAUCUCAACGCAACAGUUACCAACUUACAGACUAAAGUAGAAUCUUUAACAACAAUGAAUGCUUUGAUGAAAGAGGAUCUUGCAAUUGCCAAAAAUAGUUUAUUAGCUUUGUAUGAGGAAAAUAGACAGCUUAAACAAGAAUUGGGAAAGGACGUCAGCGGGUACUGCAUGAGUUCCAGCGGGGUACAGAUUACGAAUAUUAACGAAUCAGAAACUAACGGGAAAGUGAUAAUAGGCGAAGUGGAAGAGUUGAAACAGAGGCUUGAAGAAGAACGCCGAUUAAGACAAGAAGCUGACAAAGAGUUGGAAUUACAGAUGUGUCUAAAGGCCGAAAUGGAAGUCGCCAUGAAGCUCUUAGAAAAAGACAUUCAUGAAAAACAAGACACGAUAGUUUCGUUACGGCGUCAACUAGACGACAUCAAACUCAUAAAUCUAGAAAUGUACAAAAAACUACAGGAAUGUGAAAUGGAGCUGACUCAAAAAGGAGAGGUGGUGAGUCGUCUUCAGGCUAAAGCGGGCCAGAUCGGCAAAAUUCUGAAUAACUUAGAAAAGUAUAAUCAUUUGUUAAAAGACGAUAAGAAAAGCUCUGAGAGAAGAUGUAGCGAAAAAAGACAAGCUGCUAAAUUACAAAAUAAAGAAAAAGUAGCAAAAACAGAAAAUCACUCGCAUGAGCCCAAGCGUGACGACAAAACUGAAACGCAUUCAGAACAGUCUGAAAAAGUUGAAACUGGUAAAGAACCGGCGACAUCAGAGUCAAUAGAUUCGUUUGUUAAUCUUGAAUUUGAUGCAAAACAAGACGAAUUUGAAGAAACUAAGUCUUCUGCAUAAUCAUAGUUGUUUAUUGUUCGGAUAUCACUGUAUUUAGUUAAAUUUUUUCUAACACUAGUGUGUUGUCAUAUGUAAUUUUUUCAUAUUUCGUUUUUCGUUCAAAACAUCUGCGCCUUAAAAUACAUUAGCACCUAGUAUUUUAGCAAUUUAAAUUCAGUACAAAAUCGGUACUCUAUGCUUUAGAUCAUUUUAUAUUCGAUUUUGAAAAAUACUCGUGCAAUGCAGCAUCAAAAGACAAAAUAUACCACUGGUAUCAUGUGGCUAAUUACUAGCAACAGUAUUGACUUUAUUUAAGAAAAUAAUCUAAUGCAAAUUACCUGCACAUCUUGUGAGUUUGCUGCAAAACGUUUCAAGCAAAUUGUAAUUAAAAGUGACUUAAUAAUGGCUACUUUAUGCUAAAAGUCCAAAAAAAAUUCAUUUACGGUUCAUCACUACCUGAUCAGUGAGUGAAUCAACAACCGCGCUUGUCCAUUAAACAGUGAUAUUCUCACUCCCAGCUUAGAGAAUAAUCAGCAAAAAUAAUACUUUUAAAACUUUCGGAUUAUCGGCGAAAAAAAUUAAUUUCAAACAUUUGAAAUUUUCUAGUUAAUGGAUUUUUCAUGAAAAUAAGAUUUAAAAAAUACAGUAAAUUUAUUACGAUUUAUUUCAAACUAUAAAUUAGUAAUGUUACUUGCAAUAAUUGAUUACAUGAUACCAGUGUUUUACAUUUUGAGCAGAGACCCAGUCAACGACUGUAAAACUAAGGCAUUGCAAGUGCUAUACGGAACAACUUAUUAAAAUUAGGUUAAGCGGUUUUUUGAAACAAUUAUUUUGAUAAGUAGUAUUUUUGCAACUUUGUUUGUGUCUACGUUUUUACAAAUAUUUAAGUUGACUGGGUUUUAGAUGUUCGAUGAAUAGCUGGAAACAGAAAAGAUGUGAGUCAAAAUUUUUACCUGUUCUGAUCCAAUUCUAUUAAUUACUAAAACCAGAAAAAAGUAAUUUAAUAAUUUUUCAAAAGUGGUCUGAAAUUUUGAAAAAACAUUAAAUUUCACAUUCAUUAGUUAAAACAGCAAUAUGUUUUCUCCAUCAGUUUAAGCAUACGGAGAUGUUGGUAAUGAUGAAUGCUCCAGGCAAUUUAGAAAACUCGUUAUGUCUUUAUUUGCCGAGACCUAGCAUACUAGAUUUGAAUUUUGGUGAACAAAUUGGUAUUAAAAAACGCUUCUUUUGGGUUUCAUGUGAUAUUUAAUUAUUUAAUUCUUACGGGUGCAUUUGUUAUAAUUCUUGCUGAUAAAAAUUUCUCAACGAGAAUUGCAUAAACUUGUAAAAUUUAUUAAAGGUUGAGAUAUUUUUUUAGGGGCACAGAUCAAGUUUUAGGACAAUUGCACUUCCCUUAAGAAGCGGAACCACGACCAUAAUUCACAUCUUUUUACCACAUUAUCUCUUCUAGACUGAAACUGUUAGAGAAAACCUCUCCAAAAAGAUGCUGUUUUUCCUAGUCUAUAAAAUGGUUUUCGCUACUUACACUAAAAUAGUUG